CGAUCUACCUCGAUCUUCAAAAAGCGUAAGCGUCGUGCUGUAAGCUGGAUGGAGUGAGCGGAAGAUACAUUUUCAAAGUGGUUGAAGUUGCUUAGAACGCGAACGUAACUUUAAAAGUCACCCACGGGAGGCCAAAGCGUUGACGCGAAACCCAAUUUCCAAACUUCACACAAAUUGCGACGGCUGGCUUUCGGCCAUGAUGAACCGACGCUGACGCCAAUUAUCGAUACCCUCACAGUGCUCGUGCACAACGGACACAACGGACACAUUUCACAUGCCAGGCCCUUCGUCUCUGCCUCCGGUUCCCGUUGCGAAGCCUCUUCCGCUCAAUGGCGUCCCAGAUCCAGAGCGUCAAAUCAUUGUAGCCUCCGUAGGCCCAGACGAUCCGGAACUCAGUGGAUAUACGGAAUGGAUAGCGUCGUCUCUGAGAGAGUUUGACGAGGUGGAGAUCGUGGGCGUCGAUCCUGCACUUGCAAACUGUGUUUCCGUCAUCCUUAUCCUUGAAAAUUCGGGCAUUGCGACUCGACAUGAACUCGACACCACAACCUUCCAAGCACCGGACAAAUCCCCAAAGAGCUGCAUCAAAGUGACGGUACGAAGAGGACCGGCUCUGGUACAAGAGCUUGAGCAAAAGCAGAGGAUCAAGCUGAGCAAGCCAAAAUCGGCGUAAUGUCCCCUGACCCAAUGAGGUGCUUUUUCGGCGAGAUUGACAUAUGCAUCCAUAUGCCAUCUUAUUCAACAUGUGAUCAGAGUUGCCGUGCGAGCAGUACAACGAGAACCAUGGACAAUCUUCCUGUUCAUCAACAGGCCAACUGAGAAUCGGAUAAAUAUCAUGAUGGUUCAUGCACGGACAAUGACAAGGAUUCUAAUUUGCAUUUGCCCUCUGCGGUUGUCACCCUGAGUCUGUUGGCUCACAAGAGAUGGACCGUUUCACCCAUAUAUCGGUUUCAAUAAAUUAUACACUUCCUACCACCGCGUUGGUCUGUAGUUUUUCAAAAAGGC